AUGGAGAAAACAGUUUCAAAUGAGUACGAACAUUCUAUCAAAAACAAUACGUAUCGUCGACGUUCUUUAAGCCAAACGGAACGCGAAGAACGUGGUACACAUGGAAAAACAGGUGUGCACCACAAACGUCAUUCAAUUCCGCCUGCCCAUGCGCACCACCAACCAAUCUCAAAAUUCAAUGCAGAAUUUUGGAUGCAGGAUUUUAGAAAAAAAGUGAUGGAAGCAUUAUUCAAAGAAGAAAGAUUUAAAACCUUUCAGAAACGACGUAAUAUAGAUGCUGUUAUAGACGGAUUGAUGGAUAUAGAAGAUGACGAUAUUUUCGAUUGGAAGGAACAACAGGAGACCGUAGGAUCAGCUCAUGUUUUACAAUAUUACGGCGCAAGUCUAAAUACUGCUACUGCUGUCGUCGCUGCUACUAGCAAUCCUGGAUUUGUGCCAACACCACGACAACAUCGUGAUGUAACUUAA